UCCCCAUACCAUUGUAUCGCUCAAUAUAAACGUGGCGCACUUGUAAACAUGGCUGACAUCCAAGCUCCGAUACCGACAGUGGAGGACUUGCUUAAGGGGGCUAAGGACGCGUACAAGAAGCGAUUCGAUGCGGACCCCGAAGUGGCUGCCUGCGCCCCCGGAAGGGUGAACCUGAUCGGAGAGCACACAGAUUAUAACGAUGGAUUUGUUUUUCCCAUGGCACUUCCCCUGGUGUCCGUAUUUGUGGGCCGGAAGAAUGGAACGUCACAGUGCCGUGUGCAGACGCUCUCCCAGGGAGCAGACGAUCCCACGUAUGUCGAGUUUCCGGUUCCCUCGGAUGCCACGCCCCUCAACCCGGGCGUCCCAAAAUGGGCUAACUACGUGAAAGGGGUCGUUGCCAACUAUAAAGGGUCGGUCCCGGGGUUUGACUGUGUGAUCGUGUCGUCCGUUCCUCUGGGUGGGGGAGUCUCCAGCUCGGCAGCCAUCGAGGUGGGCACGUACAUGUUCCUCGACCAGCUGACUGGCGGCGGCGACCCUAGCGUCGAUCGGAAACAGAAGGCGCUCGCGUGUCAGAAGGCCGAGCACGUUUACGCAGGAGCGCCGUGCGGCAUCAUGGAUCAAUUUAUCUCCUUCAUGGGAGAAGAGAAGCACGCACUGCUUAUCGACUGCAGGUCCCUUGAGAGCCGGCUGGUUCCCCUUGUGGACCCAAAUGUCGUUAUCCUUGUUACCAACUCUAACGUGAAACACAACAUCGAGUCGUCUGAGUACUCCACCAGGCGCGCCCAGUGUGAAAACGCCGCCAAAAUACUCGGCCUGUCCAGUCUCAGGGACGCUAAUGACAAACUUCUGGAAGACAACAAGGAUCAAAUGGAUGACGUCACAUACCGUCGGGCCCGUCACGUGGUGGGAGAAAUCCGGCGGACGGAGGAGGCCGCCUCCGCCCUCGAGAACAACAACUACAGCCUGUUCGGACAACUCAUGGUGCAAAGCCACAACGCACUCAGGGAUGAUUUCGAGGUGUCGUGUCAGGAGCUGGACCAACUGGUGGAGGCGGCGACGGAAGUGGAUGGCGUGUACGGCUCUCGCAUGACUGGCGGUGGUUUCGGGGGAUGCACCGUUACACUUCUAAAGAAAGAAGCCGUUCCCGCCACACUUCAGCAUAUAAAGAAAAGGUACAGCGGAACCCCGACGUUCUAUGUUUGUGAAGCUUCCGGUGCGGCGCGAGGACUUUCAUUAUAAUACGACAUUAAGCACAUGUAGUGUGGUAGAAUCUACCUCUUUGGGCGUGAUUUCUUAUCCAUUCGACCAUAUCAUCCACGGUAUUACUGUGACUUUAACUACUUGUAUACAGUCAGCCAGGAAGGAUCGGAACAUUUAUAGAUAUGGGUAUUACUAUAUACGUGUUUAUACAUUAAUAGGACAGCUAUAUUUAUCUUAGUUUGUGAAAGUAUAUUAUCCAUGUAGCUAACUUUUUGCGUCUAAUGCUGUUUAUUUUUACCAUUGUUAUGGAUAGUUAACGUAUAUUUUAACUGAAUGCAUCAUUUUAGUGUUGAAGAUCUCAUGCAGUUGUAUUCCAUAGUUUAGCCAGGCCAUAUGGUUCUUGUUGCAUUCACGAGUUCCAAAAUAAACAAAAUGAUACAUUGUUUGUCUUAUGUCAGCUAUACAUUUACAAUGUUCUACCAUAAUACUAAUAUAUUUUGUAGAUACUCAACAUAAUUAUUUUUUUAUAUACCAUAAGUAGAACUGCAGACAUAGAUGAUAUUUUGGGCAUACAGUAAUAUUAUUAAAGAGCUUGGUCUAUUCAUGCGAUCCCACAAAGGUUUCUGUGUAGGAAAGCAUAGGUUAUUUAUUCAUCAUUGCAAUGCAUAUGUAGCGUUACCGCAUAUAUGCACGAUUACCGCCCUUUGUUAUUAAUGGAUAUUUGCUUUAACAAAGUUAAAUGUCUGGCGGUGUUUUUCAAAGGUUAGUUUUAUAUUUUAGACUUAUCUAUUCCAUACAAAUAUUUUAUUAGCGACAAUAAUAUUUUAAGGAAUCAUGUUAAACAUUAUUUGUUAACCGGGAGUUGUUUUCAUAAAGAAUAUUAAUAAAACUAGAGCUGCUUCCCUCAAGCGGAAUA